UCCAAGCCCCACUCCUCGUGGGGGCCCAGAAAUCUCUUUCAAGCAUCAGACGGUGCAGGGCUCCUGGGUGAGCAGCAGGCCUCUGUCUCCCUCUUUGGGUGCCCUUGGAUGGGAUCUUGCUCUGGAAGGAGCCAUGGACCUGUGGCUUUGGGCACUUUACUUCUUUCCAGUAGUCGGAGCCCUGAAGGUCCUUCCAGAAGUAAAGAUGGAGGGAAUGCUGGGAGGGUCAAUUACCAUCGAGUGCCCACUUCCUGAAACGCAUGUGAGGAUAUAUCUGUGCCGGACCAUUGGCGAGUCUGGAAGAUGCACCACCGUGGUGUCCAGCAGCAAAUUCGUCAGGGAAGAAUUCAAGCACCGAGUGACCCUGGAGCAGCAUCCGGACAGGAAUCUGUUCCUGGUGGAGAUGACAGAGCUGGCCAAGAGUGAUAGUGGGGUCUAUGCCUGUGGGGUGGGCCGGAACACAGACCAAGGCAAGACCCAGCAGAUCACCCUGACUGUUCACAGCGUUUACGAGCCAUCCUGGGAAGAAGCACCGACGCCUGAGCCUCCAGCAUGGUUUCAUAGAUUUCUACAAAUGCACAUGCCUCCUUGGUUCCAGAUGCCUGCACAUGCCAGUUCUUUAGAAUUCAUAUCCAAAGUAACCACACCAGCUCAAAGGACCGACUCUCCUCAAGCACACCAGGCCUCCCCCACCCCCUCCAUCACCCACCGCCCCCAAGUUUCCAGGGCAUCUUCAGUAGCAACUGCUGAGCCCACCAUCUUCCUGCCAUCCAUCACAACCUCCAAAACCUCAGCUCAGAAGGGGCUGCUCAGGCUCCAGACGGCCAGCUACAACCACCAAACCUGGCUUCACAGACAGAGAGCCUCCAACCAAGGCCCGGGCGCUGUGUCUGGGAUGGAAGACCAAGGUGUCUUCGUCCUGAUCCCCACCAUCCUGGGUCUCAUACUCCUGGCGCUUCUGGGGCUGCUGGUGAAAAGGAUCGUUCAAAGACGGAAAGCUCUCUCCAGGCGGGUCCGCCGACUGGCCGCGAGGAUGCGCACGCUGGACGCCUCCCAGCCGGCCCUGUCCCGGCGGCCGCGCGUGUGCCGGCGGCCGCGCACCCCGAGCAAUAUCUACAGCGCCUGUCCUCGGCGGCCCCGCGGGGUGGACGCGGCUGGUGGAGGGGCGGCACCGCCCCCAGACCCCGGAGCGCCCGCAGCCUCCGCCCCGCCGCGGGUAAGCCCCGCCCCGUCGCAGGUACCUGAAAUUCCCUGGCCCCAUGUCCCAUCUCUGAAGAUCGACUGUGAAUAUGUCAGCUUCCGCCACCAGCCUGCUGCCAAGGGAGAGGACAUGGAUUCCAAUGACUACAUCAAUGUUCCCUGCCUGACUCACCUCUCCAGCUGUGCCCCUGGGCCCAGACCUUGGUGUCAAUGAGUUUUGUCUGUCUGCUGGUUCCCAACACCCACUCCAUCUGUUUUCAGAGCCCUCAUGACCUCCCGCACCCCACCUCAAGUCUCGUCCCUGCCUGUUUGCCCUGAGCACGGGUCAGUCUCCCCCGCUGCAGCUCUCCCUACACACUUUUGAGGCCCCAGCGGUUUUCAGGUGGCCUCUGGGAAUGCAGAGCAUUUGCCCUGUUGCCACCUGCCUCCUUUCCGAGCCAUGUGACAGGCUAUGGACUUGCAGAGUCUUUUUGAUCACAGGGUCCUUACUCCCUUGGCUGUAGACCACAUGGCCUUGGACGGCAUAGCUGUUGCUUUGAAAGCCCUUCUCAACCUUGAGUUCCCCACUAGCAGAAGGUACCUGGACUGCCCUGUGAAGACACGCUUCAGCCCUGAGCUAGGAAGGGACCUUGGUAUGAAAUACCCCUGAGAACCUCUUUGCCCCAGUCAUAGGGCUGGCACUUACUAGUGAUCUUCUGGAGUCCUAUGGUAAGGGCAGGUUAUUUGGAUGUGAUGAAGGGUUGUAAAUUUUCAGAACCACCCUUGUUAGUGUUAGUGACAUAUGUGGAUACCCUCUCUAAGUCUUCAUCCCUUGAUCCACGUAAGUACCCUGACUCCAGCGUUUUCUCUCUCUUAGAAAUGGAGCAGCUUUUGUUAUCUAUUUAUCCUUGCUCCAUAGCCUAGCACUGAAAUGUGUGCAUCUAUCUUGGCCUUGGUCUAUUUGAGCUAUCCAAAGCCAUUACAGCUCUCUGCUUUCAGAAAUGCACCUCCUGUCUGUUCCAGUCCAAGUGGCUUAUGGCCAGGUGGGCAAGGACAGUGAUCUGGGAUUCCUGGAGGGCCCAUUGUCCUGCUAGAGCACUAACCUCAUGGAAGAAGAGACAGCCCACAUCCUACAUGUAUUCAUCCUCUUAAGUGUUCUGAACUGGGGCAGAGUUAGGCAGACACUGUCUCUUUGGAUUGAAAUCAGAGUUCAACCAGAGCUGGAGUCUAGAGGAUGAGCAGUCUUGCUUUUAAGAAGAGGGCCUUUCCCAGACACACAACUCAGCCUCACGGGGCACUGGUCCAGUGCUAGGAAGCAAGGGCUCCCGAGGUCCCUGCCUUUUGAGCAGGGAGUAUCCUCACAGAUGGGACAGUGCGUCCAGGCAUGAGGAUAGCAGCCGCAGUGUCAGCUUGACACGGGCACCCCCAGGUGGGGGACAGUUAAGAUGAGUAGGAUCAGAAGGAGCACCCGAGGGGCAGGGCUGGUGGGAGCGGGGUGGGAAGGGUGGACAGGAAAGGCGGUGUUGAGGGGGAGUCUGCUCUGUGCUGGACACCCCUCUACGUUAUAUCUUUCAACAUUUGUGUUUCAAACCAGUGCUCUCACCCUCACCCCAGCGCUCUGUUCCUGCAGAUGUCAUGACCAUGUGAUUUCCAUGCCCUUAAGUUCAACUUCAUAUCCCAACAUCCCUCAUUGUUCCUCAGCAAUUCAGAGACAGGCUUUUAAAAAUCCAAUUUAUUAAGCAUUUCCUGAGCACCCAUCCACUACCCCACACAGUGGCGAGGAUUGUGGGGGACAACAGAGAAACGUGGUCACUGUCCUUGCUGCUUUCACAGAACUUUCAGUCUGACAAAUAAAUACAGCAUCAGUUAAAACGCUGAUGGGAAUUAAA